CGAUAUUUAAGCUGGAAUUACAAGUGAAAUAGCCCAGUAACGUUCAGUUCAACCAAGCACUUCAAACCCACCAUGGGCUCUCCCUCUGCAAGGGAGCGCUUCAGUCUGGAGGAGCAAAAGCAGCUGGAAAUUGAAAAUGGUAUUGAUUCUCGGCAAAUCGAGACAACAGAAUGGUUGCUUAAUUCUCCUGAUCCUCCAAAUUUCCUGCAAGAACUCUUCAUUUCCAUAAGAGGAAUUGUCUUUCCUUGUGGAAGAGGCAACCACCAUUCAUCAUCAUCAUCAUCAUCAUCAUCAUCGACUAGCCAAAGACGCAUUCUGUGCUUCUUCCAAGAUCUGUUUCCAAUCCUCAGCUGGGGCAGAAAGUACAAGGUUUCAAAUUUCAAAGCUGAUCUCAUGGCAGGUUUAACCCUUGCAAGCCUUAGCAUCCCCCAGAGUAUUGGAUAUGCUAAUUUAGCAAAACUUGAUCCUCAAUAUGGAUUAUACACCAGCGUCGUCCCGCCCCUCAUCUAUGCAUUAAUGGGCAGUUCAAGAGAGAUAGCAAUUGGACCAGUAGCAGUGGUUUCAAUGCUGCUAUCUUCCAUGGUUCCCGACAUAGUAGACCCAGUAUCUGACCCUGUUUCCUACAGGAAUAUAGUCUUCACAGUCACUUUCUUCGCCGGUAUUUUUCAGGCCAUCUUUGGAUUGUUCAGAUUAGGCUUUCUGGUGGAUUUUCUUUCACAUGCUGCAAUCGUCGGGUUCAUGGCUGGCGCAGCCAUCGUCAUAGGGCUUCAGCAACUCAAGGGACUACUCGGAAUGAGCCACUUCACCACAAAAACAGAUGUCAUCUCUGUUUUACACUCCGUUUUCAAAUCAGUUCGCCAUGAAUGGUAUCCUUUUAAUUUUGUCCUGGGGUGCUCCUUCCUUAUCUUCCUUCUAAUUGCAAGAUUUAUAGGAAGAAGAAACAGAAAACUGUUCUGGUUUCCAGCUAUUGCUCCUUUGAUAUCAGUAAUCUUAUCCACUAUGAUGGUAUUUCUGACAAAAGCCGACAAACAUGGAGUGAAGAUAGUAAAACACAUUAAAGGAGGACUUAAUCCAAGUUCAGUCCACAAGCUACAGCUCCAGGGCCCCCAUGUUGGACAAGCUGCCAAAGUUGGAAUAAUUUCUGCUGUCAUUGCUCUCACCGAAGCCAUUGCUGUAGGCCGUUCAUUUGCUUCCAUUAAAGGAUACCAGCUGGAUGGCAACAAGGAAAUGUUAGCUAUGGGGUUCAUGAACCUUGCUGGAUCUUUAACUUCUUGUUAUGUCGCAACAGGUUCAUUUUCCAGGACUGCUGUGAAUUUCAGUGCAGGAUGCCACACUGUCGUAUCAAAUAUGGUUAUGGCCAUUACAGUGUUAUUGUCACUGGAACUUUUUACAAGGCUGUUGUAUUACACUCCUGUCGCCAUUCUUGCUUCAAUUAUCUUGUCUGCACUUCCUGGGCUAAUUGACAUCAAUGAAGCUUACUACAUCUGGAAAGUUGACAAACUAGACUUCCUAGCUUGCAUCGGUGCCUUCCUUGGAGUCUUGUUUGCGUCUGUAGAGAUUGGGCUUCUGGUUGCGGUGACAAUCUCAUUUGCCAAGAUAUUACUGAACUCAAUUCGACCGGGGAUUGAACUACUUGGAAGACUUCCAAGAACAGAAAUCUUUUGCGAGAUCAACCAAUAUCCCAUGGCCAAGAAAACGCCAGGCAUCCUGACCAUCCGUGUCAACUCUGGCUUACUUUGCUUUGCCAAUGCCAAUUUUGUCAGAGAAAGAAUAAUGAGGCGGGUGACAGAGGAAGCAGGGGAUGAAAUAGCAGGGGAUGAAAUAGCAGAAGCUGCAAAGGAAAGGGUUCAAGCACUAAUUAUUGACAUGUCAAAUAUAAUGAACAUUGACACUUCAGGGAUUCUAGCACUAGAGGAGCUGCACAAGAACCUGGUUUCCCAGGGCAUGGAAUUAGCAUUGGUGAAUCCGCGGUGGCCAGUGAUACACAAGCUAAAGUUGGCGAAAUUCGUAGACAGGAUUGGAAGAGGAUUGAUUUUCCUCAGUGUUGCUGAAGCUGUUGAUGCGUGCCUGAUCAGAUCUAAAUCAGCUAGUAUUAGUAGCUGCUAAUAGGGUCUAGCAAGGCCAACUUCAUGAGUCCAGUUAACUGGAUUUUAAAUUUACUGGUUUUCUAAUUUAUGUCACAAGGCUUUGUUGAUUAUACUUCGGAAUUAUGUUCCAUAAGACAAAUAUUUUGGAAUUAUGGAAUUGUGCUCUUACAAUUGCUUACAUAACUACAGAAACGAUGAACAGAGCAAUGAAAAAGCAAAAUGCUU